UCUCUCGCCUCGUCACGCCCUCCGCUCCCUCCCUCAGUCAACAGCCGAUCUCCAAAAUUUCCUGCCCCUCCCCCUCCCCCUCCUCCUCCUCGCUUCUCCAUCCUUCUCCUCCGAUCUCUCACCGGAGCCCGGCUCACCGAGCCCAAACCCCUAUUUAUACCCCGGGGAGGCAGAGCAGCAGCGUCACCCAUUCCCAGGGGCAGCCAGCCGAGACGUGGGAGGACUUCGGAGCGGGCCGCGGAGAUGGGCCUCGUCCACUGCCUCCCGCUGCUCCUGCUGCUGCUCUCGGCCGCGGCCGCGGCCGCGGGCGGCGGGGAGAGCGUCUCGGCCUCGGACUACGAGGCGCAGUUCGAGGCGUGGUGCGCGGAGCACGGCAAGGCGUACGCGACGCCCGGGGAGCGCGCGGCGCGGCUCGCGGCCUUCGCGGACAACGCGGCCUUCGUGGCGGCGCACAACGCCGGCGCCGCCGCCAACGGACUGGGAUCCCCGUCGUACACGCUCGCGCUCAACGCGUUCGCCGACCUCACCCACGACGAGUUCCGCGCCGCGCGCCUCGGGCGCCUCGCCGUCGGCCCGGGUCCCCUCGGGGCGGCUUUGCCGUCGGACGGGGGCUUCGAGGGCGGCGUGGGCGCCGUGCCCGACGCGCUCGACUGGAGGCAGAGCGGCGCCGUCACCAAGGUCAAGGACCAGGGCAGCUGCGGUGCUUGUUGGAGCUUCUCAGCUACAGGUGCCAUGGAAGGAAUAAACAAGAUCACGACAGGCUCUCUUCUCAGCCUUUCUGAACAGGAACUAAUCGAUUGUGACAGAUCCUACAAUGCUGGUUGUGGCGGUGGGCUCAUGACCUAUGCUUACAAGUUUGUGAUUAAAAAUGGUGGGAUUGACACGGAGGAUGAUUACCCGUUUCGUGAAGCGGAUGGAACAUGCAACAAGAACAAACUGAAAAAGCAUGUGGUAACAAUCGAUGGCUACAAGGAGGUGCCUCCUAGCAAGGAAGACUUGUUACUACAAGCUGUUGCCCAGCAACCUAUUAGCGUGGGAAUAUGUGGCAGCGCUAGGGCAUUUCAGCUAUACUCCCAGGGUAUCUUCGAUGGUCCAUGCCCAACGUCUCUUGAUCAUGCAGUCCUAAUUGUGGGAUAUGGUUCUGAAAACGGCAAGGAUUAUUGGAUUGUGAAAAAUUCUUGGGGUGAAAGAUGGGGAAUGAAGGGCUAUAUGCAUAUGCACCGAAACACUGGCUCGUCGUCAGGUAUCUGUGGCAUAAACAUGAUGGCAUCGUUCCCCACAAAAACAAGCCCGAAUCCUCCUCCUUCACCAGGGCCUGGCCCAACCAAAUGCAGCGCUUUUACCUCCUGCCCUGAAGGAUCCACAUGCUGUUGCUCAUGGCGUGCCUUGGGAUUCUGCCUUUCCUGGAGCUGCUGUGAGCUGGAUAAUGCAGUCUGCUGUAGCGAUAACCGUUCUUGUUGCCCCCAUGACUAUCCUAUAUGUGACACGGCUAGGGGACGCUGUUUGAAGGGUAAUGGCAACUUCUCCAGUAUAGAGGGAAUUAAGAGGAAGCAAGCUUUCUCCAAGGUUCCCUCUUGGAAUGGUUUGUUGGAGCUUUUGGAUCAAUAGACAUACAAAAAAGGUAUGGGUCACAGGCAGAUACACAUGUAUGCACGGUCUUGUACAAGCGGUGGGGUUCACUGCGUUCUUCAGGUGCCCUGCCGCCUCUAGCUGCUGGUUGUCUUGCACGGAGAUGUCCCAACGCGUUCAGUGAAAAAUAGAGAUGCCCAGAACUCCGAGAUUGAUCGUAGUGUGCACUGGUGAACCACGCAGCCGGUACUGUAUUGUAGUACGUAUAAUUUUAUGAUGAUUGUACAUGUCAGAUUAGCCUAUGAUGGGUUGAGCCAGAUAUUGGUUACACAGCACAGAUGGUCUAUUUUUACUCGGCUUGUAUUAGAUGUGAGAGAACCACCCAUAAUAAAGAGAUACGUGCAUCAAAUCAAAAA